UGAUCGAAGUUAGAUAAUAGUAUAUUGGCCCCCAAAAAUCGAACGACAACAUGGCUCUCAAAUUUGUGGCCCAGUCAUGCAGAUCCUUGCUGCAACGUGGCGAUCGUCCCUUGUCCUGGACCCGCACACUCAGCCAUUAUCCCGUCAACGAUGCCAUGUUUGGUCUGGACGAGGAUCGCCAGAAGUUGCGGGAGGUGGCAUUUAACUUCUUCCAGAAGGAACUGGCUCCUCUGGCCAAGGAGAUCGAUAAACUGGAUAACUUCAAGGACAUGCGUCCCUUCUGGAAGAAACUGGGCGAUCUUGGCUUUCUGGGCAUCACAGCAGAGCCAGACUUUGGAGGCACUGGGGGCAGCUACCUGGAUCACUGCAUCAUCAUGGAGGAGUUCUCGCGUGCGGCUGGUGGCGUGGCCCUGUCCUACGGAGCCCACUCCAAUCUGUGCAUCAAUCAGCUGACCAAGAAUGGCACUCCCGAGCAGAAGGAGAAGUACCUGCCCAAGUUGUGCAGUGGCGAGCACAUUGGCGGACUGGCCAUGUCCGAGCCAGGAGCUGGAUCCGAUGUGGUGUCCAUGAAGCUGCGGGCCGAACGCAAAGGAGACUACUAUGUGCUGAACGGAUCAAAGUUCUGGAUCACAAACGGAUCCGAUGCGGACACACUGGUGGUCUAUGCCAAGACAGGAGGCAGUGGAGUUCCGGGCAAGCACGGCAUCACCGCCUUCAUAGUGGAAACGGCCUGGGAGGGAUUCAGUGUGGCACAAAAGCUGGACAAGCUGGGCAUGCGGGGCAGCAGCACCUGUGAGCUGGUCUUCCAGGAUCUCAAAGUGCCGGCCAAGAAUAUUUUGGGCCAGGAGAACAAAGGUGUCUAUGUGCUGAUGUCGGGACUAGACUUGGAACGGCUGGUGCUGGCCGCCGGACCUGUGGGUCUGAUGCAGGCCGCCUGCGACGUUUCCUUCGACUAUGCCCACCAGCGCAAGCAGAUGGACCAGCUGAUUGGCGAGUUCCAGCUGCUCCAGGGCAAGAUGGCCGAUAUGUACAGCACGCUGAGUGCCUGCAGGAGCUACCUCUACACGGUGGCCAGAUCCUGCGAUGCGGGCAACCGCAGUUCCAAGGAUUGCGCUGGUGUUAUCCUCUACACCGCCGAGAAGGCCACCCAAGUGGCCCUGGACGCCAUUCAGAUCCUCGGUGGCAACGGCUACAUCAACGAUAAUCCUACAGGUCGCAUCCUGCGAGAUGCCAAGCUGUACGAGAUUGGCGCCGGCACCUCUGAGAUCAGGCGCUGGCUCAUUGGACGCCAGCUGAACCAGGAGUACAAGUAGGAUUCCAAGGCAGUUCCAGAAAUGCAUUUAUGGUACGACAACUAUGGCAAUUAUGUGGACCAACUAUAUUACCUGACAGACUUAAUGUUGCAUUUAUACUUUUUAAGACGAUUUGUGAAAUCAGUUAGCUAUCAAUCAAUGUUACAUGUGCCUUAAUAAAAAAUGUUUCCAAGACUCAAAACACA